CUACUUCGAUCAGGCUUUUAUUGUGAAACGCCCCGCCGGAGCUGCUCGCCGUGCCGCGGUGCAGCUGGACGGUUCAGUCAGUCAGGGGCAGACGGCUCUCCCGGAACUCUACAGCCGCAGCGGCUCUGAUUAUUUCAACAUCGGGGUUCGGUCCAACAUGGCGGCUUACGGAUGGAAAUACUGAUGACAGUCCGAAAGAUCGCCUCGAUUUGUACGAUGGGCGCCAAUGCCUCUGCCUUGGAAAAGGAGAUUGGACCGGAACAGUUUCCCGUAAAUGAACACUACUUUGGAUUGGUCAACUUUGGCAACACCUGCUACUGCAACUCGGUGCUGCAGGCUCUGUACUUCUGUCGGCCGUUCAGGGAGAAGGUUCUGGCGUACAAGGUGCAGCCUCGUCGGAAGGAGUCCCUCCUCACCUGUCUGGCCGACCUGUUCAACAGCAUCGCCACGCAGAAGAAGAAAGUCGGCGUCAUCCCUCCCAAGAAGUUCAUCUCACGGCUGAGAAAAGAAAAUGAGCUGUUUGACAACUACAUGCAGCAGGACGCCCACGAGUUCCUCAACUACCUCCUCAACACCAUCGCAGACCUGCUGCAGGAGGAGAAGAGUCAGGAGCGGCAGCAGAACGGGAAGCUGGUCCAGAACGGUGGAGGAGGAGGAGGAGGUGGAGGAGGAGGAGGAGGAGGAGAGGGGGAAGGUGGAAAGGAGACGCAGCAGACUUGGGUCCACGAGAUCUUCCAAGGAACGCUGACCAACGAGACGCGCUGCCUCAACUGUGAAGCCGUGAGCAGUAAAGACGAGGACUUCCUGGAUCUGUCGGUGGACGUGGAGCAGAACACGUCGAUCACACACUGUCUCAGGGGCUUCAGCAACACAGAGACGUUAUGCAGUGAAUACAAGUACUACUGUGAGCAGUGUCGCAGCAAACAGGAAGCCCAGAAGAGGAUGAGGGUAAAGAAGCUGCCCAUGAUCCUCGCCCUCCACCUGAAGCGCUUCAAGUACAUGGACCAGCUGCACCGCUACACCAAACUGUCCUAUCGCGUCGUCUUCCCGCUGGAGCUCCGCCUCUUCAACACGUCCGGGGACGCCACCAACCCCGACCGCAUGUACGACCUGGUGGCCGUCGUCGUGCACUGUGGCAGCGGUCCAAACCGCGGACACUACAUCACCAUCGUCAAGAGCCACGGCUUCUGGCUGCUGUUUGAUGACGACAUCGUAGAGAAAAUCGAUGCCCAGGCCAUCGAGGAAUUCUACGGUCUGACAUCGGACAUUUCCAAGAACUCUGAAUCAGGAUACAUCCUGUUCUACCAGUCGAGAGACUGAAGCGGCCAGCGGUAAAUCCCCAACAGACUGUCACUCAGCAGAGGGGGAGGGGCUUAAGGCGGCCACAGGCUCCGCCCAGUACGCUCACACAAGUAUCCAGGCUUUAUUCCCUGCGGGCGGAGCUUUGCACUGGAGCGCCGCUCGGAUUGGUUGAGACGUGUGCAGGUCGCGUGCCAGCCUCCUGGAUUAGGACCGUUUCAAAUCCUCUGAGUCCACACUGCAGCAGAAGCACCUUACAGUAGAGCGACGGCCCGACCCGGGACGCUCGCUCUGCACUGUGGCAUCAGCUGGGAGGACGAACGCCAAUCCAAGAGGCUGACAUCGCCGUGUGCACAGCCAGCGGCCCGUUCUGGAGGUAACCGGGACCGUCUGCAGAGCAACCGGCUAGCUGGACGGGACACAAAAACACGUCAGAGGACGGCAGGCCUCGUUGUCAUGGUUACCAUUGGCAUCAUCAUCACAGUCUUCUUUAGCAUUUUUUCGUGUGCAUAUUAAACCGUGCUGAGUUAGCCUCCCACAGCGGCUGUAGAGCUUUUCAUGGCUUUACACUAAUAAAUACAUUUUAAAAAGUCCGAUGUGACGGCUUCGUUAGGAACCACAGCAGAACCACUGACACUACCGGUACUGACGAACGCGUCCUCAGAGCGCAGCGAGGCUAGUUUGCAGUGUUUGAGAGCAUUUAGAGUUAACAGCAGCCACCAGAGAGGCGCUCACCCAGCUGGAGUGUUUCAUCUUUACUUUGAAUAAUAAUUAACAAGAGAAACCGACUGACCAAAAAGACGACGUGCAGUAUCUAUGAUCUAAGUGUUUAAUCAGCAGUUGAUUUGUGAUUUUCUAUUUUCCUCUUUUGUUAGCGGAGACGUUUUAGGAGCGUGUUGAGUUACAAUCAGCAGCGUCUCUGCUGAGCGUCUCUUCAGGAAGCUGCUGAGGCUUUUACAGUUGGCAGCGUGCCAUGACGUUUGGUGCCACUCAAUAAAGUAUUUCAACAGCA